AUGACGGCCCAUCCUGCGGCGGGGGCCAGGGUGGGGGGUGUCCGCACCAAGCUGCGUCCCCAGCAGGGCUGUGGCUCCGCUGUGCACCCGGACGGGUACCCUAGGAUCCCCCGCAAGGAGCCCAGGGGCCAAGGCCCCGAGUCCCGAGUCGUCGGGCGGGGCCCUGGCCGGGAUUGGCCGUGGCAUCGAAACUUUGUAGCGACCGCGCACCUUCCGCGCCGCCGUGGCGCCUCCUCCCCGUGGGUGCGGGCAGAGCACGUGAGCGCCAAGCGCGGAAGUGGGACGUGGGCGUCGGGGAGUGGGGCCGGGACGGGCGCUGCGGCACCGAUAGCUGAGCCGCGGGCAGGGGCCUCGGCCUCCGCGGGGGAGCAGCGCGCCCCGAAAGAGUCUGUGGUCCUGUCCGCCCGCGCCCGGCCCUUAACCUCGUUCCGGCCUUUCCCGAAGCCGGUGGCGUGGGCGGAGCUCUCCCCUCCCGCCCCCCGUCGAAGCCCCGGAGCCUCAACUCCCUCGAGGACGCGGGGUCCGGGGCGUCCUGCCCAUGGCGACGCGGAGAAUCGCGGCCCUGAGUCAGGACCCGUGAACCGCGCCAAAGCCCGGAAGCGGCGGCGCCAGGCCGUGUCUGCGCAGCCCUGGUUCCGUGGAAAUAGCGUAAUUGUGAACCGAAGGUACAGUGCUGGAAAAGCGGGCACGGCCGGGAGGUGUCUAACCAAGUUCGGGCCCCGCUUUCCUGGGAUGCUGGGCAGGGACGCGCACGUGGGCCAGGAGAGGGGUGCAACUCGUCGCACGAUGCAGAGCUUCCUGAACCUGUUGAGGGGUGGUGGGGCUGCCGACCUACCCUUGGAGGAGCUAGUGACUUUGGCAGGCAGGGUGCGCCGGGACCUCCAGGACGACCCCACCCAGGUGCAGCCCUUCGUCACCACCGUGCUGGACAGCCAGCUCCGCCUGCAGCUCCUGGGCAACGUGCAGCUCCUGGGCAACGCGGACGUGGUCCUGGCAUGCGCCUGCGAGCUGGCCCAGCAGGAGCAGCACCAGGCUGCCUGCCAGCUGCUGGAGGGUUGCCGGGUGCCAGGAGGCAGCCAGGAGCUGGUGCAGCUGUGGAACGACAUCCACUACGGUCUAGUCAAGAGGAGGCUGGGCGUGGACACGCUGACCCCUGUACAGAAGUUCCGCUGUAGGAAGAGGAACCCACCGCCCUCCUCCCUCUGCCCAGGGGGCCUGAAGAGCCGGAACUUCCCCAGAGAGGUCCGAAGGAAGUUGCAUGACUUCGCCUUGGGUGUGAGCGCCAACCCCAGCAAGGAUGAGCGGGAGAACCUGGCCUCCGAGACCAGCUUAACCGCAGAGCAGGUGUACAACUGGUUUGCCAAUUACCGGCGGCGCCAAAGGGCGGGUCUGCAGCGCGCGGCGCCAGCAGCCGCCCCUUCGGCCGAGGACCCUAGUGCGAGGGGCCCGGAAGUCCCGCAGCCCUCACGCUGCCGCCGUGGCCCUGGGUGUGUGGACAGGCCUCAGUGGCUGGAGCUUGAGCGUGAGGACAGGGGGCCUGCACAGUCCCUGGAGACCACCCAAGGGCUGUGGGGGCCUCUGGCCCUGGCCUCGGACUUUCCUGGAGACGAAACUGUGCCAAACCCACUGGCUCCCAGUUUUCUGCAGAGCGGUGACCUGUACCCGGAGGGGCCCAGCCACGAUCCUGCCACUGUCCCCGCCGUCUGCCCUCUGGCUGCUGGCAGCAACGACAUGCUGGACCCCAAAUCAUGGCUGCUGUCCCUUGCACUGGCAUCCUCCAGGGAAGGUUCCCUUCAGACUGGGCAGCUGGUCCACAGUCAUGGGCUGGACUUCAUGACGCGCCCUGCAGACACUGACAUGGCUGAGUCCAUCGCCACCCUCGUCGAACCCAGCCCCACAGGAUUCGCGGACCCCGUCAGUGGCAGCCCCCAGAGCACAUACCUGGAUGAGGGUCCAGGCACCAGUGUUAGCCGGGCAGAAGGGCAGGCAGGCAGCUACCUGGUGACGCAGGCUCCCGAGUUCACCCAGAGCCAUGUACCUGAGGUGUCACAGGCCCCUCGAGUGGCCUGCACACCCAAGGACACCGUCCCCGAGAGCAUCUGGCACUGGAAGGGCUCCCGGUCCUCACGGGGCAGACGGUGUGACCGGUGCUCCUGUGACUCAAGGCCUGUCCUGAAAUGGUUCUUUUCCAGCUUCCCGGAGCUGGUGCCGGCCACGUCCACCUUCUCUGGCCCUGCAUUCACCAUGGAGCUGAGCCAGCCCCUGCCCUCCAGCCAGGUGCAGUGGCCCGACAGCCAGGCCUCCAGCGAUGCCUGCUGGGGGGCCAGGAUGCUCCUUGAGCUGUCAGGGGGCAGCCUGGACUGA